GCGAGCGCCAGCCCCCGCGCGCGUAACACACACACGGUGAAGGGGGAGUGUCAUUAUUGGCCCAGUGGUUCUACUGGCUCUGGUGGAAGGCUACUCGCUCUGAAAGGAGGGAUGCGAGGCGGAGAGGUCAGGCGGAAAAAGAGGAACCAGGUGGAUGUUCGUGGAUAGCAAAAACCCCUCAGGCUCCCUUCCCUGACAGACUGAUAUGUCAUUGGACCAAUGGGAUGUUGAUAAUGCAGGCGCAGCGGUUGGCCAGGUGAGAUGUAAGACCCGCCCACUGUGUGUCCUACUUCACCUGCAGAGGAACAGGAAUCUGUAGAAAAAAAGACCCCAAUAAUUCUUCUGAAACAAAUCAACUAAAGUGAUUUUAACAAAAUGGCGGAAAAUCGAACAAAUGGGUGCUGGUAGUGAACGCCACUACAAACCACCUCACCCUUCCCCUUGAGAUAGGAUUGCAUCUCCUGCUGAUUUCUUGACAUCUGGCAGAUUCCUUUCUUAGAUCUCAUGUAUUUGGUACAUUGCAAUCAACCCCAGGCAUCCUGCUGGCCCACCAACCUAUUAGACCAAGAGGACUUCCAGGUCUCCUGCUGACUCACCAACCUAUUAGACCAAGAGGACAUCCUGGUCUCCUGCUGACUCACCAACCCAUUAGACCAAGAGGACUUCCAGGUCUCCUGCUGACUCACCAACCUAUUAGACCAAGAGGACAUCCUGGUCUCCUGCUGACUCACCAACCCAUUAGACCAAGAGGACUUCCAGGUCUCCUGCUGACUCACCAACCCAUUAGACCAAGAGGACUUCCAGGUCUCCUGCUGACUCACCAACCCAUUAGACCAAGAGGACAUCCUGGUCUCCUGCUGACUCACCAACCUAUUAGACCAAGAGGACAUCCUGGUCUCCUGCUGACUCACCAACCUAUUAGACCAAGAGGACAUCCUGGUCUCCUGCUGACUCACCAACCCAUUAGACCAAGAGGACUUCCAGGUCUCCUGCUGACUCACCAACCCAUUAGACCAAGAGGCCUUCCAGGUCUCCUGCUGACUCACCAACCCAUUAGACCAAGAGGACAUCCAGGUCUCCUGCUGACUCACCAACCCAUUAGACCAAGAGGACUUCCAGGUCUCCUGCUGACUCACCAACCCAUUAGACCAAGAGGACAUCCUGGUCUCCUGCUGACUCACCAACCCAUUAGACCAAGAGGACUUCCAGGUCUCCUGCUGACUCACCAACCCAUUAGACCAAGAGGACAUCCUGGUCUCCUGCUGACUCACCAACCCAUUAGACCAAAGGUCAGAGGGCAACAUCAGAGUUAACUUAGGGUUACAACAUCCGGGCUUACGAGUCCCAGUAAGGGCUAUCUCUUCAAGAGAGUGGGAUUCCAAAUCACCUCUGAAACAUAGAAUCCACAGCUCUGAUCCCUCCCUUCUCUGCGCCCGCUGAGAGGAGGUACCUGUCUGUCUCUUCAUUUUCCUGUCUCUGUCUGAGAGGAGGUACCUGUCUAUCUCUUAAUUUUCCUGUCUCUGUCUGAGAGGAGGUACCUGUCUGUCUCUUCAUUUUCCUGUCUCUGUCUGAGAGGAGGUACCUGUCUGUCUCUGUCUGAGAGGAGGUACCUGUCUGUCUCUGUCUGAGAGGAGGUACCUGUCUGUCUCUGUCUGAGAGGAGGUACCUGUCUGUCUCUGUCUGAGAGGAGGUACCUGUCUGUCUCUGUCUGAGAGGAGGUACCUGUCUGUCUCUGUCUGAGAGGACCCAAGAGCCAGAGUCCCACCGUUUGGGUUUCUCCCUCCUCUUUCUCUGUCUGAGGAGAAUCUGGUCUGUCCCUCCCUCCCUGCUAAGUAGGGGGAACUAUAGGAGGCACCAUGGGGUGUGGUGGCAGCAGGACUGAUGUUCUGGAGCCUAGGUACCUGGAGAGCUGGACCAAGGAAACAGAAUCUACCUGGCUGACCAGUACAGACACAGACAUCCCACUCUCCUCCAUACAGAGUAUGGAUAUCCCUUCUGAGAACUCAUCUGAAAGCUUCGUCUCUGAGAAAACCAUCACACCUGAUGCAGAUUUCUUUGAAGACGGCUUGCCUGCCCCAGCCCAGGCCUAUCUACAGGUGUGCUCUGACAUGUCUGAAGCAGGACUGAACAAUGUAAAGCUGAGUGCCCACCCCGCAAUACUGCCCUCCCACAACCAGGCGCUUCAGCCCUCACCUGUCACAGUACAGAGAAGAAGCGUCCUACGCACUGAGGAAAUAACUAAAUGGCAAGACAACAGGAUGUCCACGAAGCAGGUAACCAUCACAGUGACACAGAGCAUCAGACACGUGGACAAGAGUGGGAAAAUUAAGGAGAAGUCCCUCACCACCUUCGAGGUCAUGAAGCCUAUGGAGGGCCUGAAGGACAUGGCUGAAGGACGUAGUAGGAACAUUAGGGAAUAACACUGUGAUACGCCGAGGUCUGAGGGGGUAACAGGGGACAAAGCUAAUGACAGAGUGUGGUUUGGAAAAUCAAUGGCAGAACGUGGUUUGGAAAGACAAUGACAGAACGUGGUUUGGAAAGACAAUGGCAGAACGUGGUUUGGAAAGACAAUGACAGAACGUGGUUUGGAAAGACAAUGACAGAACGUGGUUUGGAAAGACAAUGACAGAACGUGGUUUGGAAAGACAAUGACAGAACGUGGUUUGGAAAGACAAUGACAGAACGUGGUUUGGAAAGACAAUGACAGAACGUGGUUUGGAAAAUCAAUGAACGCUGUGAGAAAGACUGUAUUGCUGAAUAGACUUUCCUUUGAGGGGGAGAGAAACAAUGAUACCAAAAUGCUGUUUGAGGUUCAUGAAGAUGAAAAAAAAGAUAAUGAUUGGAUUAUAGAGAUAGAGGGUUUGAAUCCGUGGCACAAUUGGUCCGCUAACUCUACCUGGGACCAGACCUGAUAAACGAGAUACCUCUACGGGCCUGACACCAAAUGCUGUCAGGAUGAGAGAGUUUGUGACUUUGUCUAACGAAGAUGAAUGCUUUUUAUAAGCUGGGCUUGGGACCAAGAUGUAAAAUAAAGAAAAAUAAAAGAAAGUACAACUUUGACCUGGUAGGAACUGAACUGAACUGAAUUUAAUUUAAUUUAAUUUAAUUGAACUGAACUGAACUGAAUUGAACUGAACUGAAUUGAACUGAACUGAACUGAACUGAACUGAAUUGAACUGAAUUGAACUGAACUGAACUGAACUGAACUGAACUGAAUUGAACUGAAUUGAACUGAACUGCACUGUAGCGGCUGAAUGAUCGGCCAUAUUGAAGACGUAUCAUAAUCUAAUGUUCCUAAAUAGGAAACAUGUCUUGAAGUAGCUAGCUUUGUAAUGUACUGUAUAUGUUUAGUAUUGCUACGGGCAACUCGUUGGGCAGUGUUUGUUUGGUCUUUGAUGGAUGAAAAAAAAACGUUUUUAGACUACGAUGUUUACAAGAAGGUAUGUCUUCUAAUGAAUAGGCACUUUUUGUGAACAAAACUUUAUGAACUAGCUAGUGACUUUACAAACUAAUGAGUUUAUGUACUAGUGACUUUAUAAACUAGUGACUGAAUGGCUUGAUUAAGAGGUCGUGCCACUAUAUAUCUAGUAUGAGCUCUACAUGAAGAGAGCUUGAUUCAAUCAGAGAGACAAUUUAGUUUCAAACAGAUUGACUUGUGAAGUGUGAUUAUUUAAAUCCUUCCUCUAGUGCAGGAAUGGGCCACCCCCACUUUUGAAGGCCCUCAGAUAAAUUCCAUCCCCCCAAAUUUAAAUAAUGAGUUCUGAUUUUUGGUGGCCCCACCCCCAAUCAAAGUUUCCCUUCCCUGAUCUAUUGAAUGCUUACAGUAGCAUCAGCAGAUUCUCAAUGAAAUUCUCCGGAAGUUUUAGACGGAAACACUGUGUAGCAGACAGUGGUGAAAUACAUAUAUUUUUCCCCUCUUCAUAUAAUUCAUACAUAGUAUUUAUCUCAAAUUCUAAUUCAAUUGAAACACAAUGAAGUUGUUAUCAAUGGCUUAGGAUUUACUUGGUUUAAACAAUACACAAUGAAUCUGAUUGGUUAGAGAUAAGUUUAAACAAAACACAAUGAAGCUGAUUGGUUAGAGAUACAUUUAAACAAAACACAAUGAAUCUGAUUGGUUAGAGAUACGUUUUAAACAAAACAAUGAAUCUGAAUGGCAAAUAAGAAAAAAACUGUUAAAAGAUCAGACUUAUAUUGAUUGGUUGGAAUUGAUUGGUUGGAAUUGAUUGGUUGCAAUUGAUUGGUGAGUGUACAACAAAAGGGUUGACUUAAGCAGUAUUUCAAUGGUGUUUUACUAAUUUACAUAUUGCCUCAGUGUGAUUAUCUUGGUACCUAUUUGUACUUUUUAACGUAACAGCUUGUAAGUACACUUUGUCAGGUCAUUUUGGCUUAACUCUUUGGUUCAAGUUUAUGAAUAUGGACAGUAUACAUUUGUACUGAGUACUGACAAUAAAUUAACAUAUAGGGACUUCUUUGUAGUUUUGUUUCCUU